GAUAAUUUUUACGUUUGAAGUAUAAACAAAGUUCCAAUCGACAUCCUUAGGAUUGGGAAAAGCCACGAGGGUUUGAAGGACAAAAUUGGAGCCAAGAAAAGAAGAAGCGGAAAUGGCGGCGGGUGCGAGGGCCGUGGUGCUGUCCCAGCCGGUGACAUUCGUAACCGGCAACGCCAAGAAGCUCGAAGAAGUUCGUGCAAUCCUCGGAAACUCAAUCCCCUUUCGCUCCAUCAAACUCGAUCUUCCCGAAUUACAAGGCGAGCCUGAAGAGAUUUCCAAGGAGAAGGCUCGAUUAGCGGCGAAAGAGGUGAAUGGACCGGUACUGGUGGAGGAUACUUGUCUUUGUUUCAAUGCUCUCAAGGGUCUGCCAGGGCCAUACAUCAAGUGGUUUCUAGAGAAGAUUGGUCAUCAAGGUCUGAACAAUCUGUUGGCAGCAUAUGAAGAUAAAUCAGCUUAUGCCCUCUGUGUAUUUUCUCUUGCUCUUGGACCAAAUGCAGAUCCAAUUACUUUUCUUGGUAAAACUCAGGGAACAAUAGUUCCUCCUAGGGGACCAAAUGAUUUUGGAUGGGAUCCGAUAUUCCAACCAGAUGGAUAUGAUUUAACUUAUGCUGAAAUGCCGAAGGAAGAAAAGAACAAGAUUUCUCACCGAUAUAGGGCCCUUGAUCAGGUGAAGUCACACUUUGCCAAGGGCACUUAUUCAUUCGACACUGAACCCUGAAAUCAAGAGGACAUACCUGGGUUUAAUCUCAGGUAAAAAUAUAUAAUUCAUGACUAUUUUGGGUGGGCUUGUAUUUUUACAUAUUUUGUUGUUUGUCCCACAUCUCAUCAUGUUACAUUUCUUUUUUGAAAAAAAGGAUUACACAUUUUAAUCACCUUUUUUAUUUUCAAA